UUCAUCGGGCUCUCUCCCUUUUCUGGUGAACCCAAAAUAACAACUAAGCCUCCAGUUCAGGGUCUCGUGACCUUUGAAGACGUCGCUGUGUAUUUCUCCGCGGAGGAAUGGUCUCAACUAGAUCCUGAACAAAAAGCCCUUCAUAAAGAAGUCAUGCUGGAGAACUCCAGAAAUGUGGCUUCCCUGGUUGCCCUUAACAGGACGAAAAGGCAACAGAAUUUUUCAGUAAGAAGCAGUAAGAAACCAAGAUUGGAAUCAGUUAUAUCAGAAUUGGUCGUGGAUGAUAUAAAACAGGCACAAGCACAACCACUCCAGCCACUCCAACUUGGAGAAAGCAGCCCGUCAGUUAUUGAAAUAAAUAACGAUACCUCCAAAAUUGAAAACAGUCUUCCUGAAUGCUGGACACUGCAACAAUAUAACAAUUUUAAAGGAAAAUAUGAUGGAUUGGAAAUUUCUAACAAAAAGUUAGGUUGCCAGUAUUGUGCAAAACAUGAUUUCCAAAAAAUGAAUAGUCAUGUGUCAAAGGAGUGGAAAUAUUUUCAGAUUGAGGCAGCAGGGAGAAGUAGAGAUGUAAAACAAGCUUCUCUAAGGAAAAAAAUGAAAGAACAUUUUUCAUCAAAAGCUCAUAAUAUUUGUAAAGAGAAAAUUAAACAAUACGAGCAGGCUUCAGUAGCAAAAUGUAAGAUGAAUGAAAGACAUAUACAAACUACUUGUAGAGUAUUUAAUACAGUUUACAGCCUGGCACAAAGAUGUAAAUCAUUUUCAGACAUAGAAGAUGAGAUAGAAAUGCAAAUUAAAAGUGGAUUAGAUAUGGGAAUAGGACUACAUUCGUGUAAAACUGCAGUGAAAAUAGUAGAUUUCAUUGCAAAAGAAAUUAAAAAACAAUUAUUUACUAAAAUUAUUGAAAAUAAUCUGAAAAUAUGCUUGAUUAUAGAUGAAGCCUCAACAAUAUCGUGCAAACCAGUUGUCCUACUUUUCGAAUGGGAUCCUACUCCUACAGUGGAAAAAUGGUUAAAGAUCAAUCACAUGGCCGACGAUGCUCAAGUAAAAAUGAAGAAAAUUGCAAGCAAAGACACCAGUUUCACCAGCUCUUCUCCCGGGAUGUCACUAGCAGCAUAA